AAACCCAUAAAAAAAGCAAUUGUUUUCUGAUCCUUCGUAAUAGAAAAUUAUCAGUGGUGGGAUGAUUGCAAUAAGAAUUGUUAUUUAUUGAAGAAUCUUGGGUAGUGGGUUGGUGGCAGUUUUAUACUAGGGUGAAUGGUUUUGUGUGGAUAGUGCAGCCGGCUGAUAGAGUAUUCUUGCCUUUUUCUGGCGUCCAUUUGCUCAAUUCUUGAAGAGAGAGAGAGAGAGAGAGAGAGAGAGAGAGUAGAGAUGGAGGAAAUUGGGUUCUUGGGGUUGGGGAUUAUGGGAAAAGCUAUGUCGAUGAACUUGCUUCGUCAUGGCUUUAAGGUCACUGUUUGGAACCGAACUCUCUCGAGGUGCGAUGACUUGGUGAAGCAUGGAGCUACUAUUGGAGAAACUCCUGCAGCAGUAAUUAAGAAAUGCAAGUACACUAUUGCAAUGUUGUCUGAUCCUGCUGCAGCUCUAUCGGUGGUUUUUGAUCAACAUGGUGUUCUAGAGCAAAUUUGUUCUGGAAAAGGCUACAUUGACAUGUCAACUGUUGAUGCUGAGACUUCUUCAAAGAUCAGUGAGGCAAUCGCAGCAAAGGGGGGUCAUUUCCUGGAAGCUCCAGUAUCAGGUAGCAAAAAGCCCGCUGAGGAUGGUCAACUAGUUAUCCUUGCUGCUGGAGAAAAGGCAUUAUAUGAAGCAGCACUUCCUGCUUUUGACGUGUUGGGCAAAAAGUCAUUUUUCCUUGGGCACGUUGGAAAUGGAGCAAAAAUGAAGCUUGUUGUCAACAUGAUAAUGGGCAGUAUGAUGAAUGCAUUUUCAGAGGGACUUAUGUUGGCUGACAAAAGCGGAUUGAACCCUCAAACCCUUCUUGAUGUAUUGGAUCUUGGUGCAAUUGCAAAUCCCAUGUUCAAAAUGAAGGGACCAUCCAUGAUCCAGAGUAGCUACCCCCCUGCCUUCCCUCUCAAACAUCAGCAGAAAGACAUGAGGUUGGCUCUUGCGCUUGGGGAUGAAAAUUCAGUGCCAAUGCCGGUAGCAGCUGCUGCUAAUGAGGCAUUCAAGAAAGCAAGAAGCAUGGGACUGGGGGACCUCGACUUUUCUGCUGUGCAUGAGACUGUGAAGUCUAGCAAAGGCUCGUCCUGAUGCUACUGCUAUAUAUACAUCUGCCUCCGAUCUGUCUGAACCCACUGUUGCUGCUGAUUUUUUGCAGUGAUCAUGGAAUAUAUAGUUCAAUCUUGACAAUAUUUGGCAAACAGAACGUGUAACUGCGAUCAUGUGAUAACUGUAACGACUCUGCAUCAUAUUCUCUUACACAAUUUCAUUGAUGUGCCAACUGCUCAGAGUAAA